AUGGCCACGGCCAACGGUUCUUCGCCCGGGCAGUUGGGCGCAGGGCAACCUCGUCACCUGCAGGGCCCGACUGAUGUUCCGGCUGCAGGACGACGUGGCAGUCGACGAGACGGGGGGAGCUGGAAGGAUGUGCUCCACGAGAUGGUGGGUGUGGCCUCCGUUAGCCCCAUCGGCCACAUUGGGACCGCCGUGCUGGACCUGGGAUGCUCGACCUGCUCGAGAAGCCCACGACAGCUCCCGCAGUAG